AUGACGGUAAUGAUGUCAAGGGCGCUACGCCUGUCGCCGCAACUUAAAAGCGGCUCGGCUCGGCUGUUUUCUUCACAAGCUUGCCUUCGCAAGGAGAUUCGAGACGCAUACAUCUUGAGCGCUUCCCGCACACCAACAGGAAAGUUCAACGGCGCUUUCCUGAAUGUUAGCGGGCCACAGCUCGGCGCCGUCGCCAUCAAGUCUGCCAUCGAGAAGUCAAAGGUGCCCGUCGACAAGAUCACCGAUGUCUACAUGGGCAAUGUCCUCCAGGCCUCGGUUGGGCAGGCCCCGGCGCGCCAGGCCGCCAUCUUUGCCGGACUCCCUCCCUCCGUCGAGGCUAUCACCAUCAACAAGGUCUGCGCUUCUGGUCUGAAGGCUGUGGCAUUUGCGGCGCAAAACAUCCAGCUGGGUCUGGCCGAGGCUCAGGUUGCCGGCGGCUUCGAGAACAUGUCGAGAGUACCAUACUACGUGCCCCGCGCGAGCAACUUGCCUCCGUUUGGUCAUGUCAAGAUGGAGGACGGUCUCAUCAAGGAUGGUCUUACCGACGUCUAUGACCAGUUCCACAUGGGCAACUGCGCCGAGAACACGGUGAAGAAGUACAAGCUCACCCGCGAGGAGCAAGAUAAAUAUGCAAUCCAGUCCUACGAGAGAUCACAGGCCGCCUGGAAGGCUGGUGUCUUUGCUGAUGAGAUUGCGCCGGUUACUGUCAAGGGCAAGAAGGGCGACGUCAUCGUUGGCGAGGAUGAGGGGUAUCUCGAUAUCAAGCUCGACAAGGUUCCCACGCUCAAGCCCGCCUUCGUCCGUGACGGAACUGGCACCGUGACUGCCGCGAACUCGUCGACUCUCAACGAUGGUGCCAGUGCCCUUGUGCUCGGCAGCAAGGAGAUUGCGCAGCAGUACGGCUCCGGCUCAAGAGUUCUCGCGCGCAUUGUCAGCUCCGCCGAUGCUGCCCUAGACCCCAUUGAUUUCCCUGUCGCUCCGGCCAAGGCGGUUCCCAUUGCUCUGGAAAGGGCUGGCAUCACCAAGGACCAGGUGGCUGUGUGGGAGUUCAACGAGGCGUUCGCCGCCGUGAUCAAGGCUAACGAGAAGAUUCUGGGGUUGGAGGGUGCGAGGGUGAACCCUGUUGGUGGAGCGAUUUCGCUGGGCCAUGCGCUGGGCAGCUCGGGCUCGCGCAUUCUCACCACCUUGCUUCACCAGCUGAAGCCCGGUGAGUACGGUGUUGCGGCUAUCUGCAACGGCGGAGGUGCCGCGACAGCGAUGGUUGUGCAGAGAAUCGAGUCUGUAUGA